UUUGUUUAUUUUCAUUUGCAAUGUUGCCAAUAUGAAGAAAAUUCUUUAACUGGCUUUUGACAUUUGUGGUAUUUUCACAUCACAAUUCUCGUCUUUAUUGAUAUUUUUUUCGAGUAAAAGUAUUUCCUUUAAUGGAAAUUUCCCUGUAAGAUUUUGCAAAGAAAAAGUUCUGGUCUCAGCAACAAUGUCCGUCGCUCAGUUUUUGGAGGGCUUACCUUCCUACAAUGAGAAUAAUUUUACAAAAUUUCAUGUGGACACAAACAGUAGAUCGCCUUUGAAAAGGCCAUCAGUAUAUAUCCCCACAAAAGAUUAUCCUUCUGAGCAGAUUAUCGUAACAGAGAAGACUAGUAUACUACUAAAAUAUAUGCAGCAACAUUGGGAUAAAAAGGUAAAUAGUUCAGUUAAGAAACGUGACGUUCCUCCUCAAUCAGAGGAGCCUGCGAGGAAAAGGCCAAGGACAGAAUGCAGUAGGGAUAAUUCACGUGACAAUGUAAGGACCCUGAAUGACUUUUGAGUUUAUAAUCGGGCAACCCCAUCUGAGAAAAAUCUCUUCCAUGUGCACAUUUUUUUUACUCGUCUUUUUUUAUAUGCCGCUAUUUGUAUUUAAUUAUAUUUAAGAUUUGUUAUUUGUAAUUCCUUUUCAAUUUUAAGUUAUUGCUGGACUUUUAACCGUCUCAUGAAAUCGGUGUACCCUAAAAUUGAGGUUCAUAAACCCAUGUAGUAGGAGUAUUCCCACGUUUUGUAAGUUUUUGGUUGUAGGUCAAUUUAAAUUUUCAGUUUGUAUAAAUUCAAAAUAUAUGAAUAUAUAUGUAAUCCAUACAUUACUCUUAGUGUGCAUGUAUUUUUCCAUAAGAGUAUUAUUUGUUUUGUAUUUAAAUAAAGGAAUAAACGUGUUAAUGUAA